AUGCGCUUCAAUAUUCUUUCUAUCGUUGCACUCCCAGUGUUUCUAGGAUGUGUCGAUGGGGUCCUCGCCAGCACUCUCUCUUGCAAACCAGCAGCGAAGUCUUGUGCGGCUUCUGCUCGCCAGGCGGCUCCUUGCACGUCUUUGUUUCUCAAGAACAAAGUCAAGCGUCCAACAUGCACUGUUAUUCCUGCGCCUGUUACAGUGACGAAGAAAGUGACCCCAGCUGCUUCAACCGCGCUCGUCACAAUCACUCAGACCGUCUCGACUACACAAACUGAAACUCUCCCCACCACCAUUAUCCCACAGACUAUGGAGAUUGUGGAAGUCGAGAUCAGAGUUGCUACUGUGACAGUUUACGCUACUGAAUUUGAUACUACUACAGCUAUUGUCGAAACCAAAACUAUAACUGUCUACCCGAUCCAAACUUUCAUCUGUAAAAACCGCAAGAGGGACGCCUUGCCUACUGCCGCAGUCGAAAUCGAUGGCUUGGUAAAGCGCACUCCUCUUCCAAAGUGCUGCGGAUGCUUCCUCACAUCUACCAAAACCGCUGCCCGCCAAACAAAGACAGUCACUACGACACUUCCAAAGGCGACAGUUACAAAGAAAAUCACCAAGACUGUCACCGCAACCAGCAUCACCACCGCUAUCCCGAGUUCAUCAACCAUAGUCGGAACCACAACUGAAACAAUCACAACCACCAGAACGGAGACUGAGACCAAAACCAAAACUAUCACCGAAACAGUACCCGCCACACAAACAUCAUAUUACGACGUCUGCGAAACUCCCUAUACAUAUAGCGGUAGAAAUGCCUUCGAAUACCGCGGUACCUCUGGUAUAACAGCACCGGCUGGUACUGAUACCCUUAGCAAAUGCUGCGGUUUGUGCUUCGGAAGUAUGAAUUGUGCAAAUUUUGUGUUCGAUACGAUUACGAAGACGUGCGCGAUUCAUCAGAUUACUAAUGCGGAUGAAGUUCAAACGAAUUGCACUUCUCCGAAGUGCAAUAUUGGUCGUGCUAGUGGAAAUUUUUCUGAGAGACCUAACAAUGAAUUAUACGGUAUUGGACCUUGCGGCGGUACCGUUGUUAGGUAA